AUGUUGAAAGAACUAUUCCUAAUAGCAGUAUCACCAAUAACGCUAACCUAUUCCCUAAUCCACUUGAUAGUGUACAAUACAAUCUACCUCCCACUAAUAUACCUUGUAUCGAUAUGCGUCUUGAUACCAGCUAAGCUCCCAUUGAAGCCCAUCUCGUAUUUGCUCGAGUUGGACUCGACCACGUCGCCCCAUUUGUUGGCAUCGCCCUUGAGUCCCUACUCGAAUAUGCCAUACGACACAGAAUGGAUCAUUAACCAAUUUGAAAUGUUUUUGAGCACCACUUUCCAUUUUUUGAUGUGUUCAGUAUACAUUGGCUUGGGGAUCGGGUUAAUCACGGGGUUGAAUCUAACUUUGAUCAGCUGGUUCUUGACGUUGCUGUCUGUUGAAAGCGAUGUGGUUAUUCCUCGCGUCAAGGUUAAGUUUGAGGAAAAAAAUAAUGAUGGCGAGGUGAAGGAGACAACUGACAAGAAUGCUGAUUUCGAUCUCGAUCUCGAUGAGAUGGAACGCAAGGAGAUGCAGCGCAAGGCGAAGUUUGCAUAUUUGGAGCUGUUGAGACGUAAAGAGCAGGAGCAACUAGCGAAGAUUAUGCAAUUGAAGAAUGAAAAUAGGGAAAGUAGGGAGAGUAGGGAGAGUACGUGGAAGACACACGAUUUGAAUGAAUCGAGAAGCAGUGCCGCUGCUGCUGCUGCUGCUGCUGCUGGAGGAGGAGGAGGAGGUGGUGGAGCUGAACCGACACUGCUAGAUGAAUACGAUUACGAAGAUGAAGAAGUCUUUGUUUACCCUACACCCAAAUCGGAUUUUGAACUCGAUAGCACUAUUGAAGGGUUGAGGAAUCGAGUUAAGCGGGAGAAGAAAAGGCACCAUCAACAUCAAGGUGGUACCCCCGCGCUGACUAUCAAAGCUAGUAGUGUUAGUCCCCAAAGCAAGUCCAAGUUAAAGGUGAAACUGCAACAACAACACCAACAUCAGCAACCUCGUCGCGCUGUGAGCUUUGAUCUCCAGGAUCAAGCCAAGGCUCCGAAAAUUGAAGAAGUGGGAGAUACGCUGGUGGAAGCUACCGAGGUCAGCGGCAGUCAUUUAUCGAUGGGGCGGCAACAGGCGGGCUCUGGUGUCACUGUUUCUGAAGCUAGCAGCGUUGCUGAUGAAUAUGAAGCUGAGGUAAAGGAAGAAGGCAGAUGA